UCAGCGCAUUCAAUGUCGUUCAGCCUCCGAUUCUCUCGCUCACACCUCUCUGAGGAGGCUGCGUCUCUCAUCGCCGCCAACUAUCGGGCCAUCGCCUCCCACCUCAUCUCCAAUCCCGACUCGCCCCUCAGCCAUCUGCGAAAAAUAGGGAUGAGCUCGGAAGACCUGCAGAAGACCCUUUCGUGGAAUCAUACCUGUCCGCCUCCCGUUAGUGGCCUCAUCCACGAGUACAUCGCUAGGAACGCUACAUCGAGCCCGAACUCGCCCGCCGUCUACGCCUCGGACGCCUCGCUAACCUACCGCGAACUUGACAAGGCCUCCAACAUUCUAGCACACUUUCUUGUUCGCGAGUGCAUCGGGCCAGAGUCGGUCGUGCCCCUCUGCUUCGGCAAGUCGGCCUGGGCCACUGUCGCCAUGCUGGCUGUCGUCAAGGCUGGGGCCGCUUUUACGCUGCUAGAUCCUUCGUUCCCUACCGACACCUUGCGGGCGACGAUCCAGCGAACCGGUGCUAGACUCCUUCUUUGUUCCGCUUCGUGCCGUGCCAUAUGGAGUGGCGACGAGGGUGACAAUGACGGCAGUCCUCUCGUCAUCCACGAAGUGACCCCUGAAUCGAUCGCCGCACUGCCUCGACCACGCAGCAUAGCUCCUCCUCAGACCUCGGUCAAGCCAUCGAGCCUUCUAUACGUCGUCUUCACCUCCGGUAGCUCAGGUGAGCCCAAGGGCGUCUGCGUCGAGCAUUCCGGAUACCUGUCUACGUCCCUUGACUUCAUUCACGCGACAGGAAUGGACUCUUCGAGCCGCAUUCUCCAGGCCGCGUCAUACUCCUUCGAUACUAGUAUCUAUGAGAAUCUGACAACCUUGCUGUGCGGUGGUUGUGUAUGCACGCCCGACGAGGAGACUCGAGAGGAAAAGGGGCUCGCUGGCAUCAUCCGGGACUUUGGCGUGAACUGGGCCUAUCUCACGCCGUCACUUGUCAAGACCAUCCGGCCGGACGACGUGCUCCCCGGCCUUGGGACCUUGGUCCUUAUGGGAGAGGCGCCGGCUGAGGUCGACAUCGAGACGUGGGCAGGUAGAGUCCGGCUGAUAAAUGGCUACGGCCCAAGUGAGUGCUGCGUUGCCUCGGCAGUCCGUCUGAUGCGCUCCCCGGAUCCGAGCGACGUCUCGCCCAUUGAGGCGGCCAACUUCGGGUGGCCUGUCGGCGGACUGUUCUGGGUCGUCUCCCCCGCGAACCACCACCAUUUGGUUCCCGUCGGGGCGGUUGGAGAGCUCGCCAUAGAAGGGCCUCACCUGGGCCGGGGAUAUCUCGGCGACGACGAGCAGACGGCCAGGGCGUUUGUCGACUCCCCGGAAUGGUCAUCAGAGUUCCCGGCCUCGCACAGUCGGAGGAUCUAUCUGACUGGGGACAUCGUGCGGCGAAUGAUGGACGGCUCGGUCGUCUUCCUUGGGAGGAAAGACGCCCAGGUCAAGGUCAGAGGGAUGCGUGUCGAGCUCGGUGCUGUUGAGCAGCAUCUAUGUGCGGACCGUGGCGUCAGGCUCGCCGUGGCCGUUGUGCCUGAACAUGGGGCCCGAAAGGAUCGCCUCGUGGCGGUAGUAUCCCAUGUAAGCAUGGAGACGACCGAGUCAGAUGUGGCCUUGAGUGCUGUCGAGUUCGGGGCCUCGCAACCAGAGUCAGAGCUGGGUCAACUUCGCCAGUCCAUCCGAGGCAUGAGAGAUCUCCUUAGGCUAAGACUGCCAGGGUACAUGAUUCCCUCAAGUUGGUUUGUGCUUCAAUCUUUUCCCUUGAGACCUUCAGGCAAGAUCGACAGACGCAACGUCAAAGAAUGGAUCAAUGCAAUGGACACGCCGGCCACGGAUAGAAUUGAGUGCUUCCUAGACCAGGACGAGAGGGAAGAGAUCACUUCUCUUGCCGAGGGGUUAAAUCCAAUCACGGAUACGAUUCGUCGCCAAAUCGGACUUGUGUUGAAUCUACCCUUCGAAUCUAUCUCGCCAGGGAAGAGCUUUAUCAACCUCGGCGGCGACUCCAUCUCAGCUCUCCAUCUCAAGUCUCAGUGCUUAGCUGAGAACAUAGUCCUAAGCACGCACGAUAUCCUGCGCUCCAGAUCUAUCAGUUGGCUUGCAUCUUGUGCCAAAUUAGCCGACGCCCAGGUCGAUACGAUUCUUCCGGAAGACAGAGACUCGCUCGGUGUGCCCUUCGAUCUCUCACCCAUCCAACAGCUCUACUUCCAGUGGGAGCCGGAGUGUACGCUGGCAGGAGGAAGCAACCGAUUCAAUCAGAGCUUUCAGCUGCGUGUGAAACGCCCAUUGUCAGUGGGGGACAUGGAACAAGCAUUGGACUUGAUGGCUGAGAGACAUGCCAUCCUCCGGUGCCGAUUUGUUCAGCCAGCUUCGCCCUUGCCUGGUGCCAGAUGGCGGCAAAUGAUCCCAGAGUCUACUGAAAACACCUUCCUCUUGAGAGAGCACCGGAUCUCUGACCAUGAAGAGAUAGACGCCAUCAUCCUCAGUAGCCAGUGUGCUAUUGACGUCUUCAGUGGACCUGGCUUCGUCGUCGACCUCAUCAACGAGCCCCAGGGCCAGCUGCUGUCCAUGAUCGCCCACCACGCCAUCAUUGAUCUCGUAUCCUGGAGGAUUAUAAUCCGGGAGCUGGAAGUCGUCCUGCAAGACGGCGUUGGCGCCCUCCGGCCUCAGAGGUCCCUUUCCUGGCAGGUAUGGUGUAGACUCCAAGCGGACUACGCGAGCAGACUAUUGUCUCCUAGAGUCGCUCUCCCUCGCCACAAUCGAUUGACACCUCCAAAUCUGGAUUACUGGGGGGUGGAGAACAGAGAGAACAAGUUCGGCAACGUUACCAGGUCAGUCGUAAAUCUAGACUCGCCCACGACGUCCCUCCUCAUGGGACCAAAGCUACACGAGGCUCUGCGCACUGAACCAGUCGAUUUGUUUCUCUCUGCUGUCAUACACUCUUUCGCCGAGGUCUUUUACGACCGCCAGCCACCAAUCGUCUUCCGCGAGUCGCACGGGCGAGAGCCUUGGGAUGACUCCAUCGACAUCUCCUCAACUGUCGGCUGGUUUACGACCAUGUAUCCCAUCCUUACUGAAACAAAUCCCAUAAAAGAUGAUCUACUUGGCACGCUUAGGCGCGUCAAAGACGCCCAAAGAUGUGUCCCAAGUAACGGCUGGUCGUACUUUGCGUCGCGUUUCCUUCACCCAGACGGCGUGAAGGCUUUCGGUUCCUCAGCACCUACACCCGAGAUUGUCUUCGACUUUCUGGGUCUCUACCAACAGUUGGAGAGACCUGACGGGCUGUUUGAGCAAGAAAUCUUCUUUCCAGAAGAGUACGACAUUGGGCCCGAGUUUCACCGCCCCGGUCUCUUCGAAAUCACGGCCGAAAUUGUCCGGGGCUGUCUCCGGCUCAAGUUUGAGUAUAACAAAAGCAUGAAGCACCAAGCCGCCAUUGCAACAUGGGUUCAAAAGUGCGAGGAGGGUCUGCAUGCCUUCGUAUCUGUACUCGCCCAAGCCCGACAUUCUUACACGCUCAGUGACUUCCCACUCCUCACGACUGGAUAUGAUGGUCUCGACAACCUCUUUUCCUCAAUUCUUCCCGAGCUGGGCGUGUCACUGAACAACGUUGAAGAUGUUUAUGACACAUCGCCCAUGCAGACAGGCCUCCUGCUCAGUCAGGCUAAGGAGCCCAGUCUGUACCAGUGCUUUACUGUCUUUCAGGUAGCUCCGGUGUCUCGCUCUCACUCCAUCGACCUACAGCGCCUUGAAGAAGCUUGGAUCAAGCUUAUCCAGCGUCACUCUGCCCUUCGGACAAUAUUUAUACCCGACAUGGUCUCCCGCGACGGCGCCUUCUGCCAAGUUGUCCUCAAAAUGGUAGAGCCCAGAAUUCUGAAGUUGACUUGUCUGGUCAGUGAACUUGACGCUGUCCUAAGAGAGCCGCUGAGCCUCCCUGUUCGGGAUGCACUCCCUCCUCAUAGGCUGACCAUUAUUGAUGUCAGCGAUGGGAGCAGGUUCAUUAGAAUCGACAUCAACCAUGCCUUCAUUGACGGGGCUUCGGGUGACAUCCUUGUCCGGGACUUCAUCAGUCUCUACCAUGGCGGGGAACAACUCCCAGAGGCACCGGCUUACCGCGAGCUGGUCUCCUUUACACAAGGACGUGAUUCAACCAAGGAGCUAGAGUAUUGGGCAAAUGUUCUCAAACAUAUUCAGCCGUGUCACUUGCCCGUCCUCGACGACGGAGUUGUGCAGGAUGGGUCUCUCCAAGUCACCCAGGCUAAAUCUCUACCCUCUCUCGACUCUCUGAAUGCUUUUUGCCAGUCACGCAAUAUCACCCUGCCCACAGUGUUCAAGCUUGCCUGGUCGCUCGUACUCCGGGCCUAUACCGGCUCCGACAACCCGUGCUUCGGCUAUCUCGUCUCCGGUCGCGAUGACCUCGACGCCGACGAUGACCGCUCGCGAAUCAUCAAGGAGAAUGCUAUUGGCGCGUUUGUCAAUAUUCUUGCCUGCCGCUGCGAUCUCUCCGAUACGCUCGAUGCCGUACUCCGCGGCAUUCAGGAUGACUCGCUCCGGGAUCUCCAGUACCAAUACUGCUCUCUCGCCCACGUCCAGCGAAACCUCAUGCUAGGGCCCGGCAGCGGCCGGCUCCAGCAGCAACGACAACAAGCACUGUUCAAUACUAUCCUGAACUUCCAGGUUCAUCAACCACGUGUCGCUCUUUCCGAAGCAUUGCUUGCACUAGAGCCAGUGUAUAUACACGAACCAACCGAAUACAACGCCAUCAUCGACAUUCACGUCACCAGUGACAGCCUCGAAGUGGCACUCGCUCACUGGACGUCCUCCGUCUGUCCCGGUCAAGCUCAACAUCUGGUUGAUGCAUUCUCGGCAGCCUUAACAUCUCUGCUCCACUCUUCAUCAUCAGCAACCAUCACCGCGCGGGAGAUGCAUCUUGUUGGCAGUGGUCAGCAGAAGCAGCUCUGGGCGUGGAAUGAGACCGUCCCUCCACGAGUCGACGAAUGCAUCCACGACAUUAUUUCCUUGAAUGUAGCUGCAUAUCCUGCUGCCCCAGCUGUCGAGUCUUGGGACGGGAGCUACACGUACGAGGAGCUAGAAGACACUACUACGCGACUUGCUCGUCACCUCGCACAUCUCGGAAUCGGAGUUGGCUCUACCGUGCCUUUGUGCUUCGAGAAGUCUGCUUGGGCAGUCAUCAGCAUGCUGGCCGUCCUGAAGGCUGGUGGCUCAUUCCUUCUCCUGGAUCCCAAGCACGUGUCGGCUGAUAGAACGAUGGGCAUCGUCAAAGACACGCAGGCUCGGUUCGUCUUAGCCAGCAAGAAGGAAUCCAUGCUUCUUAACGACCUGGUCGCUGUACUCGGUGUCAUGUCAUGUCCAAACUGUCUGAAAGACGAUCUGAGCGAGACUCACAGUUCUCCAAUCCACGUCGUUACCCCUCUCGACCCAGCGUAUAUCAUAUUCACCAGCGCAACGACGGGCCAGCCCAAAGGCAUCGUCACUAGCCAUUCAGCCUUCUGCACUGCAGCCCAGGCCCAAGGAAGACGACUCCAGCUCUCGCGCAGCUCCCGCAUGCUGCAGUACGCCUCGUACUCUUUCGACGCGAGCAUAGCCGAGAUUAUCAUGCCCCUCUUUUUCGGAGGCUGCGUCUGUGUUCCCAGCGAGAGACAGAGGACCGACGGCAUCACAGACAUGAUAAACGAGACGCAGGUCAAUUUCGCUAUCCUAACACCGACUGUCGCCCGUCUCGUCGCGCCGGCUGACAUCCCGGGUGUAAAGGCUCUCGUCCUCUGCGGUGAGCCCAUGGCCCGGUUGGAUAUUGCGCAGUGGAAGGGGCACGUAAGGCUGAUGAACGCGUACGGGCCAAGCGAGUGCGGCGUCAGCACAGCCGUGAACAACUACAUAUCCGCUGAUCCGACUAAUAUUGGCCAUCAAGCGGGCUGCAUAUGCUGGGUCGUCGACCCGGAAGACUCUGAGCGCCUUGUGCCAAUUGGAGGCGUUGGCGAGCUGAUGAUCGAGGGCUUCAACCUCGCCGACGGCUAUCUGAACAAUGAAGAAAAAACACGCCAAGCCUUCGUCAACCCACCAUCGUGGCUCGUUGAACAGCGUUCUAAGAAUCACGGCGAAGACGCCGUCCCUACUCGUGUGUACAAGACGGGCGAUCUCAUUCGCCUCAACUCAGACGGCAGUAUCAAGUUUAUCGGUCGGAAGGAUACGCAAUCCAAGCUCCACGGACAGAGGAUAGAGCUUCACGAGAUCGAGCAACAUAUGCUCUCCCACUACGACGCCCUGGGGACUCUGGCGGUUGAAGUCAUCGAGCCGGAGAUCCGCAAGGGUAGCCAGACGCUGGCGGCGUUCAUUACUCUAGCUCGAGGGAAAGGAGAAGAAGAUGACGGGAGAAAUGGGCCAGAAAAGACGGACAUUCAUGGAGAGAAUAACUUCUUGGAACUUCCGCAAGAUCUCACUGUCCAGUUCCAGGCCUUGCAGACCGCAUUGGCAAGCGUCCUCUCUCCCUACAUGAUCCCGACACUUUUCAUUGCACUCUCUGCAUUCCCAUUGUCACCUUCGGGGAAGUUGGAUCGUAGGACCCUCCGCAGGAAUGCUGCAAAGAUCCCAGCAACCCUCUUCCGCCAGUACUCGCUCGCGGGAGGCGCCAUUCAAGAAAGGCUUGAAAGCGAGGCGGAGGAGACGCUUCGAAAAGCCUGGGUAGAGACUCUGGGCGUGCAGCCGGACAUGAUUGGCCGCAAGACGAGUUUCACACGCCUUGGAGGGGACUCUCUCGCUGCUAUGAGACUCGCGUCAAUUGCGCGGAGCAAAUACGGUCUGGCAAUCGCGGUGGCGGACAUCUUCAAGCGCCCGAGGCUCUGCGACAUGGCUUCCGAGAUGGGAGUAUACGAUUUGGGAUCGGGAGCUAUCUCGUCUCAUCCCGCUGACAUUAAGCCAUUCGCACUCCUGGAUCUUGGAGACAAGUCGGUCGACUGGCUGAUAUCCACAGCCGCAAUCCAAUGCCGAAUUGCUCCGGAUGAUAUCCUUGAUAUGUAUCCCUGCACUCCCCUCCAAGAAGGUCUCAUGGCCAUCUCGGUUGAGAAACAAGGCGCCUACCUCCACCGCGGCGUGUUCCCAUUGCCUCGGAAGACGGUGGACCUCAACCGCCUGAAGCGUGCUUGGGAAGUCGUUGUUGCAGCAAACCCGAUCCUCCGGACCAGGUUCGUGAGCAUCGAAGGUACCAGCAACAUGCAGGUCGUCCUCAAUCAGUCAAUUACCUGGCUGCAUCCCGUCGCGUGCUCGAAGGAGAAGUACCUUGCCGAUGACCUAGACAUUGCCCUCGCCUGGGGCUCGCCUCUAAACAGGUUCGCUGUCCUGGAGCCGGCAGACAACGCGGACGACGAUGAAGAGCCUUGCCUCGUGUGGACGGCACAUCAUGGACUCUUCGACGAAUGGAGCCUGAACCUGACUCUAGAGCAGCUGCAGAAGGCUUACCGUCAGGAGGAGCUGCCUACUGUCCUUCCGUUCAACCACUUCAUCGCCCAUAUCAGCUCCAAAGACGAAGCUGCAUGCGCCACGUACUGGGCUUCCCAGCUCGCCGGCGACACCCCUCCAGCAACGAUCCCACAACUCCCGACCAACACGUACGUCCCACGUAUCAGUGGCUCUCAUUCCCGCCUGAUCAGCGUCACGAGAAGCCGAUCGGCAGGCGCUCACAUCACGACGCCGACCAUCCUCCGAGCCGCGUGGGCCCUCGUCACUGGGCGGUACGCCAACACCGCCAACGCGGAACACGUCAUCUUUGGAGCGUCCGUAUCCGGGAGAAGCGCAGCUGUAGACGGUGUCGAGAGGAUCAAUGGGCCGACGUUGGCAACAGUGCCGGUCAAGGUGUAUCUCGGAAGGGAGCAGCCCAUCUCGGGCUUCCUCGAGGAUAUCCAGGCGCAGGCUGCGGACAUGAUCCAGUACGAGCACUGGGGCCUGCAUAACAUGGCCGGUGUGAGCCGCAAUGUGGCCUUUCAGAAUCUGUUUGUUGUUCAUCUUCCGGACGGAAGAAGUAGCAGCAGCACAAAGAGUGAUGGGAUGGGCUGGAACGAACCUCCUGACGGGCUCAAGAUGAUCGCCAGCACCCACGCCGACUACCAUGUAUACGCCCUCGUCGCCGAGUGCUUCCUCCAGGAAGACAACCAGAGCUUUACCAUCAGGAUGUCCUAUGACGGCCAAGUUGUUCCCUACGCCGCCCGGUUAGCAAGUCACUUUGACUGGCUUGUUCAGCAGCUGAUUGACCGCGCCGAGGAUGAAUCACCGCUCGGCACCCUAGACUUCUGCAGCGCCGAGGACAAGUUGCGUAUCCGCGAAUGGAAUCACGAGGACCCCAAGAUAGUCGAGGACUGCAUCCACGAGAUUGUUAGCAUGAACGCCACCCAAAGACCCAACGCACCCGCCAUACGUGCCUGGGACUUUGACCUCACGUACGCCCAGCUCGACGCCAUGUCGGCCAAGCUAGCAAGGCAUCUUGUUCAUGGCAUGGGGGUACGGGUGGAGCAAAUCGUACCGGUCAUCUUUGAGAAGUCAGCAUGGGCAGUCAUGGCUCAGCUUGCCGUUCUCAAGGCGGGCGGCGUCAUGUGCAUGCUCGAUCCGGCGCAUCCUCCACAAAGACUUGAGGACCAGAUUGACAUAACAGAGGCGCACUUUAUCCUCGCUUCUGAGCUGUACUCAGAUCUCCUUCGACGAGACGGACGCACGAUUUUAACGAUAGACGCGUCGACCAUGCAGUCCAUCAGUGAAGGCGUGGAAGAAGCCUUGCCAAUCGUCAAGCCGGAGAACGCGGCGUAUGUCGUCUUUACAAGCGGGACGACGGGCAGGCCCAAGGCAAGCAUCACCGAACACCGCUCUUUCGUCUCAUGUUCAGCCUCCUUUGCCGUCAAAAUGCACAUCUCGCAGAUGUCCCGCUCACUCCAGCACGCUGCGUACAGCUUCGACCCGUACAUCGUCGAGACCUUUUCGACCUUGACCCAGGGAGGCUGCGUGUGUCUAGCCCGUGACGAGGCCCGAACCAACCCGGCCGAGUUGGUGGACGUCAUUCAGGAGCUAGGCGUUAACUGGGCCAUGAUGACACCUUCUGUCGGCCGCCUCCUACCCAGAAACGAAGUCCCUUCCCUCAAGACGCUUAUAUUAUGCGGUGAGGCCUUGUCCCAAACGGAUCGGUUCUGGUCCAAUACAGUUCGCCUGAUGAACGUCUACGGACCGUCCGAGUGUUCUGUUGUCUCCGCCCUCAACAACCGUGUGACACUAGACUCGGACUGCACUGCCAUUGGCAAAGGAGCUGGAAGCCGUUGCUGGAUCGCCGAGCCGCACAAUCACAACUUGCUGACACCGGUUGGGUGCGUUGGGGAGCUACUGCUUGACUCUGUUGGGCUCGCAAGAGGCUAUCUGGGACAGCCAGGCAAGACAGCCGAGGUGUUUGUCCACGGAGCUGCCUGGUUGGAGGAGUUCGGGAGGCCGGGAAACAGCCGUAUGUACAAGACGGGCGAUCUGGUGCGAUACGACCCGGCGGACGGCAUGAUCAGCUUCGUCGGGCGCAAGGACAUGCAGCUGAAGCUCCAUGGGCAGCGAUUCGAGCCCGGCGAGGUGGAGCAUCAUCUCAUGGCACACGAGCAGGUCAGGAUCGCCGCUGUAAUUCAUCCCAACGCGGGCAGGUUCAAGGGGAGGUUGGUGGCCACCCUGGCUCUCGGUUUCACUGCCAGCACCACUGCGGAGAGCAACGCCAUCUUGAAGCUGGUCAGCGGACCCGACAGAGCUAUUGCGUCUCUUCAGAUCAACGACAUCAAGAUGCGGCUUGAGGCCCAGGUUCCGUCGUAUAUGGUUCCGUCCGUAUGGGCAGUGGUCUACCGUGUACCCCUGACACCCUCUGCCAAGAUCGGGAAGCGUGAUAUCGCCAGCUGGCUUGAGAGUAUGAGCCACGAGACUGCUGACGAGAUCAUGGCUUUUGCCGGCGCCUAUGAGGAAGAUGCUGGCCUGCCAAGUAACAAUGAGAUGGAGCAGCGACUGCGGCAGAUCGUUGCCAGGGUCCUCGGUCUGGACGUCGACCAAGUUCUCGUUGGCCGCUCCUUCAUCAGCCUCGGGGGCGAUUCCAUCACAGCCAUACAGGCCAUGGCUCGCUGUCGCUAUGAGAAUAUCGCCGUCCAGACCAAGGACAUCUUGCAGAGCAAAUCCAUCCAGCGGCUUGCAUCCGUAACCCCCGAACCAACGCUGAGCGACUUCCCCCAGAUGCCUCACCUCACAUACCAACAGUUGGACCGUAUCAAAGACGAGAUCGUGCCAGCUCUCAAACUGUCUAGCCUGGCCGACAUCGCGGCUAUAUACCCCUGCGGACCGACGCAGAAAGGCAUUUUGAUCAGUCAAGCGCGCUCUGCCAGCUCGUACAGGGAGUCAUUCCUCUAUGCCGUCACAUCCGAGACGGCCAAGCCGGUGGACAUGGGGAGACUAGAGGCGGCUUGGAAGGCUGUCGUUGCUCGGCAUGAUGCUCUGCGAACGGUCAUCAUCGAGGACACGAUGGCCACAGACAAGAUGCGCAAGCUAUCCGCCAGCGGUACCACAGCCAACACAACGAGAAAGGCCCUCGAUCCCGAGCACAGCUUGCUCCUCUGCCGCACCGCAGACAUAGUCUACCUGUAUCUCGAGAUCAGCCACGCGCUGAUCGAUGGAUUCUCCAUGCCCGUCCUCCUAAACGAUAUCGCUUUGGCCUACGACGGUUUGCGUCUCGGGUCGGCAGGCGAGUUGCGUCCACCGGGCUUCGGAGAUUAUGUUGCCCAUGUCGAGGGUCUGUCCGCCGAUGAUUCCUUUGCCUACUGGGUAAACUAUCUUGACGGCGUCCCAUCGUGUCACUUCCCAGCGCUCAAGGAGAGCACCAUCCGGCAAAUGCAGUCAAUCCCAGCCGAGCUGGGCAUCUCAUCUGAGGCCAUCUUCGACUUCUGUCUCGAGUAUGGUCUCACGCCGGCUAGCGUCUUUAGAAUGGCCUGGGCUCUUGUCCUGCGAGCCUAUACAGGCAUGGACGAUGUCUGCUUCGGCUUCCUAGCGUCCGGCCGCGACGCCGCUGUCGAGGGCAUCGAGUCGAUCAUCGGUGUCGUCUGCAACAUGCUCAUCGUCAGAGUCAACCUAGGCAAUGACAAUAGCAAGACUGGUAUCAAGAUGCUGGAGGCCAUGCAAGACAGCUGGUCCAACAGCCUCAACCACCAGUUUGUCUCCCUGGCCGAUGUGCUGCAUCGCCACCAACAGCAGCCAUCGACGGGGCCCUCAGCGUCCUCCAGACGCCCCGAAGCGAUCCUAAGUUUCGACGCACUCGGGGGAGACGACGGCGCCGAGUACGAUGUGACAGUGAAUGUGUGGCCUGCGGCAAACGGCUCGGGCUUCCGUGCCUCAAUCAACUACAGGGCUUCUCACAUGACGGCUGUCCAGGCGAGAGGGGUCUCGCGGACAUUCAGUAGGGCUGUUGAGUGUAUCAUGGAGAUGAGCCAUCGUCCACUUGCAGAGUGGUGUCUAAUCAGGGAGGGAGAUGCACAAAAUUCAGCAGAACAGACCACCGCUCUAGACGCAAACACCGACAUUAAUCCUUAUGGCAGCAGCUGUGUGGAUGAGGUUAUAUCGGCCACUGCGAAAAAGAGUCCUGACGGCCCUGCUGUCUGCUCUUGGGACGGACAGCUCACAUAUCAAGAACUCGAGACCUUGUCAACUCAGCUUGCCAUUCAUCUCGCGGAUCAUCACGAGGUCGGGCCAGAGGUUCUCGUGCCGGUGUGUGUGGAAAAGAGUCUGUGGUUCGUCGUGGCCGUGGUAGCUGUUCUCAAGGCGGGCGCUGCAUUUGUUCCGAUGGACGCCACUCAGCCAGGGCGGUUCCAAACUGUCUUUGAGCAGACAAAUGCCCGUCUCGUGCUCACCUCGGAAGCGGUGAGGAAGCAACUCUCGUCUAAUCAUCAAGUCGAUCGAACCAUCGCUCCUCUUGUUGUGGACGCCGAGCUCAUGCAGCGGCUGGCUCCAGUCACGUCUAAUCACGCCCACACGCAACUCUCCAACCGCAGUCGACAUGCUGCAUAUGUCAUCUUCACCUCGGGAAGCACCGGCAUGCCUAAGGGUGUCGUGAUCGAGCACGCGGCCUGGUGCUCCAGUGCAGCUGGUCUGAUCGACGCGAUCGGUCUUGAUUCAAGGGCACGGGUGCUGCAAUUCGCCUCAUACAACUUCGACGCCGCCGUGUGCGAGAUCCUCUGCACACUCAUGUCUGGAGGCUGCUUGUGCAUCCCGUCCGAGGCGGAGCGGAUGGAUAAUAUCGAGGCGGCUAUCAACAGGAUGAAGGUCGACACGUUGACUGUAACUCCUUCAUUCGUCGCCACCCUACAGCCAGAGAACAUCCGUAGCGUUCAUACCAUCGUUCUGGUUGGAGAGUCGACACCCGAGCAUCAGAUACAGCGCUGGUUAGGCCGGGUAAGGCUGAUGCUCGGUUACGGGCCGUCAGAGUGCUCCGUCAUGAGCAGCAUCGUAGAUUGCCCGUCUGUCAGCCCUCUACAGUCCAACAACAUAGGUUUCCCGAGGAAUUGCAAGUAUUGGAUUGUCAACCCGGCUGAUCAUAAUGUCCUUGCACCGCCAGGCUCCAUAGGGGAGCUUUUGAUCGAGGGGACAAAACUAUCACGUGGCUACCUGAACGAUCCCUCCCGAACCGCCUCAGCAUUCAUCAUGAAUCCUCUCUGGGCCAACCGCUGUGUAGGCGAGACCCGAAAAAUGUACAAGACUGGCGACCUCGUCCGGCUGAACGCCGACGGGUCGUAUCGGUACACCGGGCGAAAGGACCGGCAGAUCAAGAUCAGCGGCCAACGCGUCGAGCUCGGCGAGGUUGAGCACCGCGCUCACCAGGCCCUGCGCAGGAAAUAUCAGGUCGCUGUGGAAGCCGUCGAUAUCGGCGGUAGUGGUAGCAGAGAGGUCAGGCUCGUAGCUUUUGCCGCCGCCGGCGAUGAGUGCGAAGACUUCCCUCUGGUUGCUUCUGGUAGAGACUCGCGACAAACUGCCUCAGCCUUCGAGGCCAGACACAAGUUUCGAGCCACGAUGAUGGCCUCCGUCCCAUCCUACAUGGUGCCUUCGGUCAUCCUCCCCCUUCGGCAACUUCCAUACCUUCCGUCUCACAAGAUUGAUCGCAACGAGCUGCGUCGGAUUGCUUUUGACUUCUUUGCAGACUCCUCAUCUCCAAGAAACUCGAGCAGUUUACCUGACCGUGUCGAGCUUACAAACCUGCAGCAACGUCUGCGUGAGCUCUGGGCCAGUGUGCUGAACAAGGAUGCGGCAGCGAUCAGCCUCGAGGACACUUUCCUCGACCUUGGUGGUGACUCGAUCCUGGCCAUCAAGCUUGUCAACACCUGUCGAUCUGCAGGGCUCGCAAUAUCAAUCGCCAAUGUCCUCCGGCAUCAAAGUCUC